AUGGUGGGUUUUAUUGAAAGCCAGCUUGUCUUUCAGUUUUCCCUUUUAUCUUUUUCUUCUUCAUUUCAUAUCCAUCAUAUUGAGCGCCUUGACGACGCAACCGAUACAUUUAUUCAACCGCUUUUCUACCACGUCGUCAAAAUUCCACUACGACUAUUAUCUACACUUGCCUCGUUCCUCUUGAGGAGGCCACCUCAAGAGCGUUCGAGUGCGCUCGAGGCAGCCGAGCAAGAACCACCACGACAACACUCCACCAUCACCUUUCGAUCGUCGCUUACAUUGAGUGGCUUCAAUACUGGAAAAAAGUGCGGUAGCGAAGCAAGCGACAUAGCAACGACGAGUUCCCAUGACGACGAUUUGCUUACCCAGAUUCUAUCUGAAUGGCACCAUGCUGCACCUCAAUUUGAUCCUGAAUCCAAAAUGUCUCUCGACGACUUUGAGUUACUGGAAACGUUGGGUACCGGCACUUUUGGUCGCGUGCAUCUUGCCAAACAAAGGGAACCAAGCACGUCUUAUUAUGCAAUCAAGGUCUUGAAGAAAGCCGAGAUUGUCCGUCUAAAGCAGAUUGAACAUAUCAACAGCGAGCGACAAGUCCUUUCUCAAGUCAACUUUCCCUUCAUUGUUCAAUUAUGUUGCACGUUCCAGGAUACCCAUAGUCUUUAUAUGGUCCAAGAGUAUGUGAUUGGCGGUGAAUUAUUUCGACACUUGCGCAAGGCUGGAAGAUUUUCAACACAAACCACCCAAUUCUAUGCUGCAGAAAUUGUAUUGGCUAUCGAGUAUUUACAUCGCAAAGAUAUCAUCUAUCGUGAUCUCAAACCUGAAAACAUCUUAUUGGAUUCCCAAGGACACAUUCGCAUUACUGAUUUCGGGUUUGCGAAAAAGGUGACUGAUCGGACAUGGACGCUUUGUGGUACACCUGAGUAUCUUGCACCUGAAAUUAUCCAAAGCAAGGGACACAGCAAGGCGGUAGAUUGGUGGGCAUUGGGUAUCCUUAUCUAUGAAAUGCUUGCAGGGUAUCCUCCAUUCUAUGAUGAUACACACGUUGGUACCUAUGAAAAGAUCCUGGCAGGCAAAGUACGAUAUCCUAGGCAUUUUGAUAGUGCAGCCAAAGAUCUUGUGAAAGGAUUGCUGGUGGUGGAUCGGACACGGCGACUAGGAAAUCUACGUGGAGGAGGCAAUGAUAUCGCACAACACAAAUUCUUUCGAGGCACUGACUGGCGAGGUUUAUUGAACAGGACGGUGCGGGCACCCCUUGUUCCAUCCCAUGCGAACGAACAUGACACGAGCAAUUUUGAAAAGUAUCCAGCAGAGAAGCAUUAUAAACACCCCGAAGGCGAUCCAUACCGACAUUUAUUUGCUGACUUUUGA